CUGCGCCUCGUGCCCGCCAUGGCCAAGAAGAUGCGGGAAGGGCUGGCCAACAUCCAGCACUGACACCGGGGACACCCCCGGGGACACCCCCGCGCGCUCAUUAAAGGCCAGGUUCAUGGACAAGAAGCUGUCGUUGAAGCUGAACGGCGGCCGGCACGUGCAGGGCAUCCUGCGGGGCUUCGACCCCUUCAUGAACCUGGUCAUCGAUGAGUGCGUGGAGAUGGCACCGGGCGGGCAGCAGAACAACAUCGGCAUGGUGGUGAUCCGAGGGAACAGCAUCAUCAUGCUGGAAGCUUUGGAACGAGUAUAAGCCCCAGGAAAACCCCAAAUCCCGACCCACCAGUUCCCUUCCCUCAUCCAAGACGACGCUCACAAGUGUACAAUUAUUUUGGUUUUGCUAUUAAAUCAGUUUUGUAAUGGUU